AUGUCUUCCAGGACUACCCGGUCUUCAGCCAAAAAGCAGGGUCAGCCAGCAUCGGCCACCGUCUCACCGACAGAGGAACAGGUGAACAUUACCUCUCCUUCUAAGUCCAAAAAACGCGCACUUGAUACGUCGGGGAGUCCUGUUUCUAAGAAGAAGGCUAGGAACGCGAUCUCACCCACUCCCUCCAGCGAUAGCAGUGCAGACGAUGUCCCUCUUAGUCAGUUAGUGCUGUCCCAAGAUAAAGGGAAAGGUAAAGAGGUGGAUGAGGACAUGGACAAGACAGUUACUGCGGAUGUCCCUGAGGAAUGCGAAGAAGACUUCGAAGACCCCUUCAAACAAUUGGGUGUACCAGAAAAAAACGACGAUGUUUAUGACAAUUUCACCGUCGACAAGAGCUCGCUCCCUGACCAGUGUCCUAUGCUUCUUGACACUGUCCGCGACCCUUACCUUGUUCGUCGCAAAUUGUAUGAAGGGGUCCUUCCUGUCAAAGAAGGAUCGCUCAAGACUUGGAAGACGACGGGAGACGACCCUACUCCUGUCAUGUCUAUCAGUGCAUGGCAAAAGAUACUUCCCAAGACUUUCGCCUUAGACCUUCUUGUUCAGUGCCUCACCUUUUUUAUCAGUGGAGAGUACUAUAAUCCCAGUUUUGCGGAUGCUACCGAAUUCGUAGUCCGGUCGAUCGUCAUCUAUCGAUUCAACUUCACUCGCUACGAGCUUCAUCGUCCCAAAAUCGGCAUUGUGGCCGGCGUUUCGGUCAUAGGUGUUGUCGAAUCUAAACUGCGUGCUGAAGUAGACACACGCUUCAUAAGUGGGAUAAUGAAUAGGGGACACUGGGAGCGGUGGAACGGGUUCUAUGCGACAGUUUUUAAUCACGAUAAUCUUCAAGCGCAAGUAGUCGGUACCAAGAUACAAUUCCAGACAAAGUCUCGAUUUGAAGGCGGUGGAUCAGACAACAGAGCAGGGGCGUCGUAUCAUACAGAUAACCCCUUUGGAGAUGUUGAAGACAAAUCGUACAAAAGCCCUGUGAAACAGAAAAAUAGUGUUAGGCGAAUGGCGCCUUACAACCAUGAUGAGGAUGUGCCAGUAUACGACGCAAGAAAUGUUCCUUUCAAUCCCAAUACCGACCUUCCUCGACUCUCUUCGAUUCUACCGACAUGGCAUGGAGAAGUGCCUUUGCGCAGCUGUUGCCUUGUUGCGUAUACCUCGUCCUGGUUUGAGAGAAAUGGGGUUCCCAAAAUUGUCUUUCACGUUCUAUGGGUUGUUGUUCUUGGUGUUCCCGCAACCUACAAUCAAAAUACGAGGAUUCGGAAGUAG